AUGUAGCGAAGUGGAAUAAUUUAUUUAAGCGAAUAAGAAUAAGCACAGACAAUUAAAUCUAAGAAAUUAACAAAUGAGCGCGAAUAAAUUAUGUAGCGAAGUGGAAUAAUUUAUUUAAGCGAAUAAGAAUAAGCACAGACAAUUAAAUCUAAGAAAUUAACAAAUGAGCGCGAAUAAAUUAUGUAGCGAAGUGGAAUAAUUUAUUUAAGCGAAUAAGAAUAAGCACAGACAAUUAAAUCUAAGAAAUUAACAAAUGAGCGCGAAUAAAUUAUAUAGUGA